CCCCUAAUAAAAAUUUACUUUUAUCUCAUUACUUUUCUAUGUAAUAUUCUGUCAAAUACCACAGAAUUAAUCCAAUCAUAAAGGCAAUGACUGCUUAAAUUUAAGGCACCAUCGGACAUGUAUUAUACCACCCAAUGGUACCUUCACUAACAAUUAGAUAACCGUUUAAACCACAGAUCCCAAUAACUAUAAAUACCCUGCCUUUUACCAUAAUGUACAAGGUCAUUCAGUUUUAAAACGAAUAAGUUUCUCCACAUUUAGUAUGCAAUCAAAAAAAGUAAACAUUGGUGUUGAAAAGCUGUGCCAAGGCCCCAAUGUUGUAUCGACAAUCACUGAAGAAGGGGAACGACUUGUGGCCAAAUUUUUGGAAGACAGUUCGGUGGCAGUUCAUUUCAGGAACGAAUAUUUGGAAGACAGUUCAGUGGCAGUUCAUUCCAGGAACGAAUUUUUGGAAGACAGUGCGGUGGCAGUUCAUUUCAGGAACGAAGUCUUGGAAGACAGAGCGGUGGCAGAUUAUCUCAGGAACGAAGUCUGCAUCGAAAAUGGGGCUGAUGAUAACAGAAUCUUUUCUCGGUUCUACCAAGAGGUUAACUGGUUCUCUCUCGUCGAAAAAUUGACGGGUGAAAACAGUAGAGAGAACCGGGUGAAGUUGUAUGACUGGGUCCACGUCAAAGGCAACAAUGACGAAGUCAUUUAUGACAAGAUAUUUGACUGGACUCGUUUGUAUUUUGCCAAGAUACAAACCAUUUUGGCCGACCCCACCCAAGACUACGACUUUUAUCGGUUAAAGGUGAUGGAAACAACAGCCAUGGACAUUCAGACUACAGGUCUGAGCUGCCUCAGUGACGAAUCCUGUAAAAAGUAUGCAGAUACUUGGGCCAGGCUUGUAGUCAUGAUAAUCCGGGCUGUUGAUGGACGAAACGUGACGUUCUCGGACUUUGGUAGGGUUUGCCUUACAAGAGAGAUGGAGGAUUCCGCUCGACAAUUUCUGAAUUGUAUCAAGCUCGAGGUGGUGGGUAACUCGGGUACGAUCUGGCGCAAGAUUCAGGAGUUUUUUCUUUUUUUGGUCUGUCUUCCAAACCCACCAGGUCAUGAACGACACAAGUCGAUGAUUACGUUGUUCAUGGCCUUCAGUCAAAUAAGUCAUGACGGACAAUGGAAGCAUCCUAAUGCCGCAAGUGUCGCCCCUGCAAGACUUCGGUACUGCAUGCGAAGCAUUAUCUUGAAAGAAAUUAUCGACCAAGAGUCACAAUAA